AUGGUUGGUUCAGCCAUUGGUUCCUCCGGUCCAAUCCUCCCAUCUCCUUGGAUGUUUGGAUCAGCCCGGUUACCAGUCUCUGAGGACUCAGCUUCACCUUCCAUGAUCAUCCUGCAGCUGCCCACUUCCUGCUGCCUAGCUGGCUUCCAGCUCAUUCUCCAGCUGCCCGGUCUCAUUCAGCUGCCUUUUGCUCUCUCCACCCAGCUGAACCUCAGUCUGAUUAACUUGAGUUUCAGUCAGAAUGGCCUCACUGGUCCGACCCAUGGGUGGAACCGACAGCACACUUGGAUUGGUUCAUCCGAGGCAUCUCCAGCUGCGGACGCCCCUGUCCCAUCCUUAGUCUUCCGAGACCUCUUCUUAGUUCCCUUAGGACAUCAAAGACAAACACAAGACCAAAAGGCUCAUCAAAUCGUGGUGGUCACCUCCUUCCCCAUCAAAGCAGUCCUUCAUAAGCCGGAAGUGUCUGGACGACUAGCAAAAUGGGCUAUAGAGCUGGGGGAAUACGAUGUGAUCUUCCGGCCUGCAACAGCCAUCAAAUCGCAAGUCCUAGCAGAUUUCGUAGCCGAAUUCUCUCCUGCCAUGCUUCCAGCCCUGGAACAAGAGGUAAAGCUUCGUGAUAGCGAAGGGGAGAAAGGCGAAUGGACACUGUACGUUGAUGGGUCUAGUAACGUAAGGGGCGCAGGCGUGGGACUAGUCCUAACUUCCCCCACGGGGGAAUCAGCCUCAAGGGCCGUACGUUGCAACUUCAAAGCAACGAACAACGAAGCUGAGUAUGAAGCUCUAAUAGCAGGGCUGACACUCGCCAAACAGAUGGGGGUAGAAGACAUCCAGGUCUUCAGCGACUCACAACUGAUCAUAAGCCAAGUCCAAGGAGACUACCAGGCGAAAGAUCCGAGUAUGAUCAGGUACCUAUCCGUGGCUAAGCGACUACUCGACAGGUUCCGACACUGUAAGCUCACCCAGAUCCCUAGGGAGCACAACUCCCAGGCCGACGCUCUAGCUAAUCUAGGGUCCGCCCUAGAAACUACGAGUCAUAUGAGCAUCCCACUACUGGUACUCCAAUGGCCCGCGACCGAAAAGGAGACGGAGCCUGAAGAAGUAUCCGUGGUAGACGAAGGAGAGACCUGGAUGACUCCCAUCAUUAACUAUCUAAGGUACGACACCUUGCCUGAAGAUCGAGACGAAAGUCGGAAGAUAAGGCGCCAAGCUGCAAGGUACUGCUUUUCCGAGGGGAAACUAUACCGAAGAUCCUUCUCAGGACCCUAUCUACGAUGUCUUACCCCUAGAGAAGCCGCCAGGAUACUAGAAGAGCUCCACGAGGGAGAGUGUGGUUCCCAUUCCAGUGGUCGGAGCUUGGUACUCAGAGCCAGAAGGGCUGGAUACUAUUGGCCAACCAUGGCGAGGGACUCCCUCAAACAAGCCAAACUCUGUAGCCAAUGCCAGAAGCACGCGCCAGUCUCCAACCUUCCACCAGAGAACCUCAAAUCGCUAAGUUCUCCUUGGCCCUUCCGAAAGUGGGGCAUGGACAUCGUGGGGAAAUUCCCUAUGGCACCGGGGCAAAAGAUCUUUCUCCUAGUCGUGACCGAUUAUUUCACAAAGUGGGUGGAAGCUGAAGCACUAGCCAAGAUAACGGAUCUCCAAAUCAGGAAAUUCCUAUGGACUAACGUGAUCACACGCUUCGGAACUCCCCAUGAGAUCGUCACAGACAACGGACCCCAGUUCACAAGCUACAACUUCCGAAAGUUCUGCAAGGACUGGAACAUCAAGCUUUCCUAUUCAGCACCACGACACCCCCAAUCUAACGGUCAAGCCGAAUCCACUAACAAGACAGUGGUGAACAUGCUCAAGAAGCGCCUAGAAGACGCCCAUGGGCGAUGGGCAGAAGAGCUACACGGAGUACUCUGGGCCUAUCGGACAACCCCGAAGACGGCUACCCAGGAGACUCCCUUCUCCCUUGUCUAUGGUGCUGAAGCGGUGAUACCCACAGAGGUGCACGUAAGGACCACGGUCUCUGAAUUCCUCUCCCAGGAGGAGAAUAACGAGCUAAUGUCCCUGAGUCUAGACCUACUCGACGAAAAGAGGGAGGCGGCCCGCCUUAGAAAUGCGUCCUACCAGUUGAAAGUAGCCAAGAGCUACAACAAGAAGGUCAGAUCCAGAACCUUCCAGAAAGGGGAUUGGGUCCUAAGGCGAGUCUGUGACCACACAAGGGACAAAUCAGCCGGAAAACUCGCUCCUGGAUGGGAGGGUCCCUAUAAGGGAGCAAAUGUGCGAAAAUACCGGUUAGCACCAAAAUUUAAUACUUAUCCAGACGUGGAAAGUAGUGUGUCUGGUGUGAAGUCGCUCCGCGGGGCAGGCCCACGCCAGACCACAGUAAGUCUGAGCGUGACCUUUUCUGCAGAAAGGUAG